AUUGUCCCACAAUAGAGUUGUUGACCCCCCGCAGUUGAUUCAUUCAUUCUGCGCUCCAGAAAAUCACUGAAAUCUACUUAAGAUACAGUAAUUAGCACGCUUUUUCUAUCACAGAACGCACAGUCAAGAUGCCGGCUUACCACUCACAAUUGCGCGACUACUCCCAGUCCCUGGGCAACAUGGCCCUGUUGCCACUGAGGACGCAACACAGGGGCCCCGCGCCGGGCACCAACAGUGAGCAGGACAUCAUUGAUGAGGCGCUGUACUACUUCAAAGCCAACAUCUUCUUCCGGACGUUCGAGAUCAAGUCAGAGGUGGACCGGGUGUUGAUCUACGUGACUCUCUACAUCACGGAGUGCCUGAAGAAGCUGCAGAGGUGCUCGAACAAGAACCAGGGCCACCAGGAGAUGUACUCGCUGGCCAUUUCGAAGUUUGACAUUCCGGGUGAGGCGGGCUUCCCGCUGAAUUCCGUGUACGCGCGUCCGGCGACGAGCCAGGAGGCGGAUCUGAUGCGCCAGUACUUCCUCCAAAUCCGCCAAGAGACUGGGCAUCGCGUGUGCGAGAAGGUGUUCUGCGGGGACGACGGAAAGCCAAGUAAGUGGUGGUUGUGCUUCGCCAAGAAGAAAUUCAUGGACAAAUCCCUGUCUGGUCCUGGCCAGUAGACACCACCACGGCCGAGGAUGAGUUGCAAAGAGCAUUUCAGUAUGAUAUAUAUGAUUUUAUUGUCCUAUAAGAGUUUUGCAAUAUACAGUGAAUAUAAAUGUAAAGUAACAAA